GUCUGGGAUAUGAAAAGCGUGGAGAGGACCUAGAGGCAUUCGUCGAAAACACAGGAAAUUCACUCUUCGGCUUCUCGGCGCCGCGACUGACCGGGGCCGGAGACUGAGACCUGCGUCGGCAGAGUGGCCCAGAGCGCGCGGCUCCCGUGCCCAGUCCUGCUGCGUCUCGCCCUCCCAUCCAGCGCGUCCCCCGGGCUCUGCGGGCUCCCCGGCCAUGGCUCCCCGACGCCAGGCCAGCCCAGGGGUCGCUGUCGCCUGCUGCUGGCUCCUCACCGUUGUUCUAGGCUUCUGCGUAUCAUUCAACGUUGAUGUGAAAAAUUCAAUGACUUUCAGUGGCCCUGUGGAGGACAUGUUUGGAUAUACUGUUCAACAAUAUGAAAAUGAAGAAGGAAAAUGGGUGCUUGUUGGUUCUCCUCUAGUUGGUCAACCCAAGAACAGAACUGGAGAUGUCUAUAAGUGUCCAGUUGGGAGAGGCAAACCAUUACCUUGCAUAAAGUUGGAUCUACCAGUUAAUACAUCAAUUGCCAAUGUCACGGAAGUAAAGGAGAACAUGACUUUUGGAUCAACUUUAGUCACCAACCCAAACGGAGGGUUUCUGGCAUGUGGCCCCUUAUAUGCCUAUAGAUGUGGACAUUUGCAUUACACAACUGGAAUCUGUUCUGAUGUCAGCCCCACAUUUCAAGUUGUGAACUCCAUUGCUCCUGUACGAGAAUGCAGCACCCAACUGGACAUAGUCAUAGUGCUGGAUGGCUCCAAUAGUAUUUACCCCUGGGAGAGUGUUACAGCUUUUUUAAAUGACCUUCUUGAAAGAAUGGAUAUUGGUCCUAAACAGACACAGGUUGGAAUUGUACAGUAUGGAGAAAAUGUAACCCAUGAGUUCAACCUCAAUAAGUAUUCAUCAACAGAAGAGGUACUUGUUGCAGCAAAUAAAAUAAUCCAGAGAGGUGGCCGCCAGACUAUGACAGCCCUUGGAAUAGACACAGCCAGGAAGGAGGCUUUCACUGAAGCCCGGGGUGCCCGAAGGGGAGUUAAAAAAGUCAUGGUAAUUGUGACUGAUGGGGAAUCCCAUGACAACCAUCGACUGAAUAAGGUCAUCCAAGACUGUGAGGAUGAAAACAUUCAGCGGUUUUCCAUAGCUAUUCUUGGGAGCUAUAACAGAGGAAAUUUAAGCACUGAAAAAUUUGUGGAAGAAAUAAAAUCAAUUGCAAGUGAACCCACUGAAAAGCAUUUCUUCAACGUCUCUGAUGAAUUGGCUCUAGUCACUAUUGUUGAAGCUCUGGGAGAAAGAAUAUUUGCCUUGGAAGCUACAGCUGACCAGUCAGCAGCUUCAUUUGAAAUGGAAAUGUCUCAGACUGGCUUCAGUGCUCAUUAUUCACAGGACUGGGUCAUGCUUGGAGCAGUAGGGGCCUAUGAUUGGAAUGGAACAGUCGUCAUGCAGAAGGCUAAUCAAAUCAUAAUCCCCCAAAACACAACCUUUAACGUUGAGUCUACCAAAAAGAAUGAACCUCUUGCUUCUUACUUAGGUUACACAGUGAAUUCCGCCACUGUUUCUGGAGAUGUGCUGUACAUUGCUGGACAGCCACGGUACAAUCAUACGGGCCAAGUUGUCAUCUACAGGAUGGAAGAUGGAGACAUCAAGAUUCUCCAGACACUCAGUGGAGAACAGAUUGGUUCCUACUUUGGCAGUGUUUUAACAACAAUUGACAUUGAUAAAGAUUCUAAUACCGACAUUCUUCUGGUUGGGGCUCCCAUGUACAUGGGAACAGAGAAAGAGGAACAAGGGAAAGUAUAUGUGUAUGCUCUUAAUCAGACAAGGUUUGAAUAUCAAAUGAGCCUGGAGCCCAUUAAGCAGACUUGCUGCUCAUCUCUGAAGCACAACUCAUGCACAAAGGAAAACAAAAAUGAGCCAUGCGGGGCUCGUUUCGGAACAGCUAUCGCUGCUGUGAGAGACCUCAAUCUUGAUGGAUUUGAUGACAUCGUGAUAGGAGCUCCCCUGGAAGAUGAUCAUGGGGGAGCCGUGUAUAUUUAUCAUGGGAGUGGCAAGACUAUAAGGAAAGAGUACGCACAACGUAUUCCAUCAGGUGGAGAUGGCAAGACACUAAAAUUUUUUGGCCAGUCUAUCCAUGGAGAAAUGGAUUUAAAUGGUGACGGUCUGACUGAUGUGACUAUUGGGGGCCUUGGUGGUGCUGCCCUCUUCUGGUCCCGAGAUGUGGCUGUCGUUAAAGUGACCAUGAAUUUUGAACCCAAUAAAGUGAAUAUCCAAAAGAAAAACUGCCAUGUGGAAGGAAAGGAAACGGUAUGCAUAAAUGCUACAGUGUGUUUUGAUGUGAAAUUAAAGUCCAAAGAAGACACAAUUUUUGUAGCUGAUAUGCAGUACCGUGUCACACUAGAUUCACUAAGACAGAUAUCACGAAGUUUUUUCUCUGGAACUCAAGAAAGAAAGAUUCAAAGAAACAUCACAGUUGAAGAAUCAGAAUGCACUAAGCUCUCCUUCUACAUGUUGGACAAGCAUGACUUUCGGGACUCUGUAAGGAUAACUUUGGAUUUUAAUCUUACCGAUCCAGAAAAUGGGCCUGUUCUUGAUGAUUCCCUACCAAAUUCAGUACAUGAAUAUAUUCCCUUUGCCAAAGAUUGUGGAAACAAGGAAAAAUGUAUCUCGGACCUCGCCCUGAAAGUAUCCACCACAGAAAAGGGCCUGCUUAUUGUCAGGUCCCACAACGAUAAGUUCAAUGUUAGUCUCACAGUCAAAAAUAAGAAGGACAGUGCCUAUAACACCAGAACCAUAGUGCACUAUUCUCCAAAUCUAAUUUUUUCAGGAAUUGAGGCUAUCCAAAAAGACAGUUGUGAAUCCAAUCAUAAUCUCACAUGUAAAGUUGGAUAUCCUUUCCUGAGAAGAGGAGAAGAGGUUACUUUCAAAAUAUUAUUUCAGUUUAACACAUCUUAUCUCAUGGAAAAUGUGAUCAUUCAUUUAAGUGCAACAAGUGACAGUGAAGAACCUCCUGAAGCCCUUUCUGAUAAUGAAGUAAACAUUUCUAUCCCAGUAAAAUAUGAAGUUGGACUUCAGUUUUACAGCUCUGCAAGCGAAUACCAUAUUUCAAUUGCAGCCAAUGAGACUGUCCCUGAAGUUAUUAAUUCUACUGAGGACAUUGGAGAUGAAAUUAAUAUCUUCUAUUUGAUUAGAAAGAGUGGACAUUUUCCAAUGCCAGAACUUAAACUGUCAAUUUCGUUUCCCAACUUGACAUCAGAUGGUUAUCCUGUGCUAUACCCAAGUGGAUGGUCGUCUUCUAAUAAUGCAAACUGCAGACCCAGUAGACUUCAGGACCCUCUUGGUGUCAACUCUGGGAAGAAAACGAUUAUAUCCAAACCUGAAGAUCUCAAACGAGGCACAAUUCCGGACUGCAGUACGUGUAAAUUUGCUACUAUUACGUGUACUUUGAUUCCUUCUGACAUAAGCCAAGUGAAUGUUUCACUUAUCUUAUGGAAACCAACUUUUAUAAAAGCACGUUUUUCCAGCUUAAAUCUUACUGUAAGGGCAGACCUUCAGAGUGAAAAUACAUCACUGAUUUUAAGUACUGGCAAUCAAAAAAGAGAGUUUGCUAUUCAAGUAUCCAAAGAUGGACUGCCGGGCAGAGUGCCAUUAUGGGUCAUCCUAUUGAGUGCUUUUGCUGGAUUAUUGCUAUUAAUGCUGCUCAUAUUAGCACUGUGGAAGAUUGGAUUCUUCAAAAGACCACUAAAGAAGAAAAUGGAGAAAUGACAUAUUUUACAGGAGGAAAAAAAUAACAGUUAUUCGAUGAUCUAUCCUCAGGUUUGCCUCAAAUAUGUGACAAGAAAUUUAUUAUUACAGUUACAGACAUAGUCACAUAACUUUAUGUAAUCCAUCAGGGAUUAAUCAUUUGGAAAAUGACAGCUCAAGGAAGAUCCAAAAACAAUACCAUAAAGAUAUAUUUUGUAAAAUGAUGAAAAAUAUUUUUAAAUAAUUACUCAUUUGUGUUAUUUAAGUAAAAUUACAAAGUGCUUUGAAGAUGAAGAAUAACUUGUACAAAUAUGUUUAUAUAUUAAAUCAGCAUCCAGAGUAUUUAAGGAAUGCAUAAAAAGAUUUUUAUGAUCAUCGAUAAAUUAAACUUUCUCCAUUGAUUCCUGAUGGAUAUCUACAUUCAGCAUGAUAGUCAACAUUUGUAAAUGACAAGAAAGAAAUUAACUGAAAAAGAUCACUUCUCCCUAUUUAAAUGAGAAAAUUUUCCUGGAUAGAGUAUAUAUAAAACAUGGACUGAAAAUAGAAUUAGGUCACAGAGAAUGCAUUCA